AUGGAAUAUAAUCAAAGAAACAAUACAAGUGAAAGGCAACAAUUUCCUUAUAUUAAAAAUUUUGAAUUAAAUGUUAUAGUUAAAUUAUCAUCAUUAUCAUCAUUAUUAUAUAAUUUUGAUAAUUUAAGAUACAAAAAUUGUAUGAUAAAAUCUGAAGGAUACAGUGGUGUUCAUCAUUUAUGUGGAAUAGAAUGUUGGAAAUUUGAACCAAGUGAACGUCCAAAUAUACAAAAUAUUGUUUCUAUUUUAAAAGGAUUAAAUUUUUCAACUAAUGAAAAAAUACAGCAAAAUAUGAACCUUAAUUUAAUAAUUGUUAAUGAAUCCAAAAGUGAAUUAACAGAAUUAUCAACAGAUAUAUUUGAUUUAGUAUCUAAUAAGAUCAAUAAUAUAAUUAUCGAUGAGUUUAUUGCACACUUAAUUAAUAAACAUGAUAAAGAUUUUACUUUUGGAAAUAUCAAACAACUUAUUAAUCAACAUUUAUUACAAUUAAGUCAAACCACGGAUAAAAUUAUAAAGUGGUUAUCAAAAAAUCAAGAUAAAGAUACAAUAUAUUAUUUUAAUAUUGUUAUAGAGAAUGAUUUUAAUUUUAAAGAUUUUAAAUUAUUUUUAAAGGCGGCAAAUGAAAAUUUUCCAAUUGCGCAAGUCUAUCUUGCUAAAUGUUACUAUAAUGGAUAUGGAACUGAAAUAAAUUACAAUUUACCAUUUAAUUGGUGUAGUUAG